AUGGAUACAGACAGUCUGGGCCCCGACGCCGACUCAGCCUCACUGCGCGAGGUCACAAGCCGGGGCCGCGGGGCGGGCGGCUUCACACCCGGCUCCCCGGGCUGGGCAAGGCCUCAGGCGGGACAGCAGCAGUCGGCUCGGGAACGUGAGGUGACAGCGGGAACUGACCGAGUGCUAAAGCUGGCGGGGCCGCUGCGUCCGUGUCCGGGGCUCGUGCUGCUGCCGGCGCCGCUGUACCGGGCUUCGGGGGGCGGGUCACCAAGUCAGCGUUGGCGCCAGCACGCGACACCAGCCGCCAACACCAGCCGCCAACACCAGACCCAGCCGCCAACACCAGACACCAGCCGCCAACACCAGACACCAGCCGCCAACACCAGACACCAGCCGCCAACACCAGACACCAGCCGCCAACACCAGACACCAGCCGCCAACACCAGACACCAGCCGCCAACACCAGACACCAGCCGCCAACACCAGACACCAGCCGCCAACACCAGACACCAGCCGCCAACACCAGACACCAGCCGCCAACACCAGACACCAGCCGCCAAGACACCAGCCGCCAACACCAGACACCAGCCGCCAACACCAGACACCAGCCGCCAACACCAGACACCAGCCGCCAACACCAGACACCAGCCGCCAACACCAGACACCAGCCGCCAACACCAGACACCAGCCGCCAACACCAGACACCAGCCGCCAACACCAGACACCAGCCGCCAACACCAGACACCAGCCGCCAACACCAGACACCAGCCGCCAACACCAGACACCAGCCGCCAACACCAGCCGCCAACACCAGACACCAGCCGCCAACACCAGACACCAGCCGCCAACACCAGACACCAGCCGCCAACACCAGACACCAGCCGCCAACACCAGUCGCCAACCGCCAACACCAGCCGCCAACACAGACACCAGCCGCCAACACAGACACCAACCGCCAACACCAGACGCCAACACCAGACACCUGCCGCCAACACCAGCCGCCAACACCAGACACCAGCCGCCAACACCAGACACCAGCCGCCAACACCAGACGCUAACACCAGACGCCAGCCGCCAACACCAAACGCCAGCCGCCAACACCAGACGCCAGCCGCCAACACCAGCCGCCAACACCAGACGCCAGCCGCCAACACCAGCCGCCAACACCAGCCGCCAACACCAGACGCCAACACCAGACGCCAGCCGCCAACACCACCAGCAGCCGACAACACGGAUGUUGAAGGGUUUACAAGCAUAGGCAGUGCAACUAAAAAGGGUUAA